ACCCCACUGCUCUUCCAGACUGACUCUAGAGCUGGUGGGGUUAGCAGCGCUUCCUGGGUAGCUCCGCAGGCUGGACUAAGGCUGUGUGGCCGCCAGGAUGCGGUGGCGGGACCGUGUGGCCGUGCUCUUCUUGCCACAUGGCAUGAUGCUCACCUUGGCCUCGAUGAUGCUCUUCCUUAUACACCUGGCCGUCUUUGCCAGCGACGUGCACAACUUCUGCAUCACCUACCACUAUGACCGCAUGAGCUUCCGCUACACCACUGUUCUGAUGUUCUCCCAGGUGAUGAGCAUCUGCUGGGCCGCCAUGGGGUCACUCUAUGCUGAGAUGAGAGAAAACAAGUUUAUGCGCUGCUUUGCCCUAAUCAUUUUGAUGCUCAACGGAACCAUGUUCUUCAAGCGCCUGGCCCUGGACUUUCUGUCCAUCCAGUACCGGGAGGAGAGGCACUGAGGCCUGGAGACUGGACUGAGAAGGGGGAAGGAAAAGGCUGCUUUGGGGUUUUAAUAAAGUCUGUUGUUUAUUUC